AUGGCGGCCGAGUUGGAGUAUGAGUCUGUGCUGUGUGUGAAGCCUGACGUCAGCGUCUAUCGGAUUCCACCCGGGCCUCUAACCGCACUCGCGUACAGGGCAUCUGACUGGAAAUUGGAUCAACCUGAUUGGACUGGUCGUCUUCGAAUCACUUCAAAAGGGAAGAUUGCCUAUAUCAAACUUGAAGAUAAAGUUUCAGGAGAGCUCUUUGCUCAGGCACCAGUAGAACAAUAUCCUGGUAUUGCUGUGGAGACAGUGACGGAUUCUAGCCGCUACUUUGUUAUUCGGAUCCAGGAUGGUACUGGGCGAAGUGCAUUCAUUGGCAUUGGAUUCACAGAUCGGGGAGAUGCCUUUGACUUUAAUGUCUCCUUGCAAGAUCACUUCAAGUGGGUAAAGCAGGAAUCUGAGAUUUCCAAAGAAUCUCAGGAAAUGGAUACUCGUCCCAAGUUGGAUCUAGGCUUCAAGGAAGGACAGACUAUCAAAUUGAGUAUUGGGAACAUUACAACCAAGAAAGGAGGUGCUUCUAAGCCCAGGACUGCAGGAACUGGGGGCCUGAGCUUACUUCCUCCUCCCCCUGGAGGCAAAGUCACUAUUCCCCCACCAUCUUCCUCAGUUGCCAUCAGUAAUCAUGUCACUCCACCACCCAUUCCAAAAUCUAACCAUGGAGGUAGUAAUUCAGAUAUCCUUUUAGAUUUGGAUUCUCCUGUACCUGUCACAACACCAGCACCAGCUCCAGUUCCUGCAAGCAAUGACUUGUGGGGAGACUUUAGUACUGCAUCCAGCUCUGUUCCAAACCAAGCACCACAACCAUCCAACUGGGUCCAGUUUUGAAUACCAUUGGCAAGACAGUAAGGACAGACUUGAAGAAUAAAAAUGAUGUUGAGGGCACCAAUCUGUGAGGGAGGUUAGGAAUCCCUUCCCUCCCCCAAACCAAAAUUAAUGGACAGUCUUCUUCAUAGCUUCUUCAUUACAUUCAAGCUGAGUUAUUCACUCUCCUACGUUAUUACUUGCUAUAUAGCCAAGAGAAUAUCUGUUAUUUCCUGGUGAUUACCAGUGCAGGAGAACAGUGGAUCUUACUGUACUUGUGGCUGGCUAUGCAGGGUUCAAAAGACCAGUGUCUUUUUGAGGGGAAGUGACCUCUAAUUUGUAAAAUUUUUCUCCAUCUUUUAAAUUCUU